AUUGGAACAGUUUAAAUUUGAGAUAUUAUUUUCUCCAUAUUCAGAGGUUUUUCUGCCUUUUAAAAAUAAAUUCAGAAGAAAAAUGAAGAAGAGUUUUGGUGACUAAUUCAAAGAUAUGGGGCAGAGAAGACCACUACUUCUUUACUCAAAAGAUUUCAGUCAACUCCUCACAGUUCGAAUAUUUUGGGUGAAAUUCUGUUAUUCCUCUCAUCUUCAAUCAUACAAGGCUCCAUAAUGAACAAAAAAAGUUUCCUUUUCAUUUAUUCAUACACCACCCUCUUCUAUCUUCUUACCAUAACCACUUUAUGUUCUGUAGAUCCCAAAUUUGAAGCAUGUGAACCCAAAACAUGUGGCAACCAAAGUAUAAGCUACCCUUUUUAUAUCAAAGGAUUACAACAAUCCUUUUGUGGCUACCCAGGUUUUGGUCUCACUUGUGACAAUAUUAAUGGUUUUCCAAUCCUCAAUUUUUCUAAUUCCCUUUACUUCAUCGACGAAAUUUCCUAUCAAAAUUAUUCAUUACGAGUUUCAAAUGUUGUUUUUUCAAGACCAAACAGCAUUCAAAAAGGUUGUCUUUUUCCUACCCAAAACCUCACUUUUAUCAAUAAAGUGUUCUAUGUUGCACAAAACCAAAGUGAAGUGAGAUUGUUCUUCGGAUGCGACUUAACAAAGCUACCCAGAGAGCUAAAAGGGAACAAAAUUGGUUGCUCUACAGAAAAUGAAACGAAUUCGGUUGUGGCAUUGUAUGAAGAUGAUAAAAAUGUAACCUUUGUGUCAAAGAGUUGCAGGGAUAAAGUUGUUUAUGCGACGGUGGAAAAUGGUGUGAAAGGAGGGAUUCAAGAGGCACUGAGAAAUGGGUUCAGAUUGAAUUGGAUAGCUAGUGAUUGCAAUGAGUGCAACAUAAGUGGAGGGAGGUGUGGAUUUAAUGUAUCUAUAUUCAGUUUUAGGUGUUACUGUCCUGAUAGAGUUCAUGCUGCAAAAUGUGGUACAGUUGCAGUCACUGAAAGUAGAAAGUCCCCGACGGUGCUUACAGUUACAAUAGUGAGCUCGGUGGCUGGAAUUGCAUUUGCAGUGUUGAUUGUCUUAGUUUGUUGCUUUAGGACAAAGAUCUUCCCUCCCACAUUUCUUUUGUUCAGGAAGGAGAAUCCAACUCAUCAAAUUAUUGAGAAGUUUUUGAAGGAACAUGGACCUCUUCCAGCAUCUAGGUACAGUUAUUCAGAUAUCAAGAAAAUAACAAACUCUUUUAGAAACAAAUUAGGUCAAGGAGGCUAUGGAAGUGUAUAUAAAGGGAAGUUACAUGAUGAUCGUACUGUUGCAGUGAAGGUUUUAAGUGAAUCAAAAGGUGACGGUGAGGAUUUCAUUAAUGAAGUUGCGAGUAUCAGUAGAACUUCACAUGUUAACAUUGUUAGACUUCAAGGGUUCUGUUUGGAUGGUUCUAAAAAGGCAUUAAUAUACGAAUUCAUGCCUAAUGGAUCUCUUGAGAAGUUCAUAUAUGAAGAGAAAUAUCCACCGAAGGGUGAUCGCCAAUUGGAUUGCAAAACAUUGUAUGAUAUUGCCGUUGGCGUUGCCCGUGGAUUAGAGUAUUUGCACAGAGGCUGCAACACUAGAAUUUUACAUUUUGACAUAAAACCUCAUAAUAUAUUACUAGAUGAGGAUUUCAUUCCUAAAAUUUCUGAUUUUGGACUUGCUAAAAUAUGUCCUAGAAAAGAAAGCAUUGUUUCCCUAUUUGGUGCGAGGGGAACAAUUGGGUAUAUUGCUCCAGAGUUAUUCUCUCGAAGUUUUGGUGGGGUGUCACAUAAAUCAGAUGUCUACAGUUAUGGAAUGAUGGUUUUAGAAAUGGUUGGCCGAAGAAAGAACAUCAAGGUUGAAGUCGAUUGUUCCAGUGAGUUAUAUUUUCCACAUUGGAUUUACAAGCGACUUGAAUUGAAUCAAGAUCUUGGACUCAGGUGUAUUAAAAAUGAAAUUGAUGAAGAAAUGGUCAGAAAAAUGACACUGGUGAGUUUAUGGUGCAUACAAACGGACCCUUUGAAUCGUCCAGCAAUGCAUAAAGUGGUCGAAAUGUUGGAAGGGAGCCUUCAAGUGCUGGAAAUACCACCCAAACCCUUUCUAUCUUCUUCUUCAACAUCUUCAACUCAUUUAUCAUCUGAAAAAUUGUAAUUCGUGUAGAUAUUAAGAUGCAAUGCAGAGUAUGCAAUACUUUAAAAGAAUGUCAUGAUAAUUCAAGUCAUGUAUCUAGUAGAGUUGUAAUAUUGGAUCAUUUGUUUUUGUUUAUGUUUUAUGAGUAAGCUGUUAACACAUAUCUUUGUUGUUGCAUUUAUGAAUAUAAUUUUAUUUU